GCACUGUGCUACGAGUUAUCCCGUGAGGCAACAGUGGCUUUUUAUUAAUUAGCUCACCGCUAAACUCAUGGUGUGGUGUUAGCCUCAAGAUCGGAAACACCCCAUAUAGCUAAUCAGACGAGUGAUCAAGGCAAAGUCCAGGCAAUUUAAGCGAUUUAAUUAAUUGGAAAUUGCUGUCGUAUCGCUGUGAGGCGAUAUAUUUAUAAAAAAGAAGAAAAAAGAAAGAAGAAAAGCAUUGGUGCUGCCUACUUCAAGAGUUCUGUUCUGGGAGGGAAAGCGAGCGAAAGACGUCACUGAAAAAUAUCAACAGAACUUCAAAUAGAAAGUCACAUCGAGAAACUCGGGUGGGCUGGUUUCAUCAGUAGUCUGCGUCAGGACCAACGCCAUUUCGAAAAAAAAGGAAGAAAAGAAGAGGCUCCAUUACGUGAACGUUUACGAUUUAAAACAAUAUAACAGAAUUUGUUUUCGAUACAGCUGACUCUUCCUUUUCGAUAUUGUGUGCGAGAAAAACAAAACAUAUAUAUAUUUGAAAACGCUAACAGAGCCAGACACGCAUAUACUUCUUGUCGAAGUUUCAAUUUAACUGAAGUUAAUGAAUUUUUGUCCUUUGGUGUUUGUACUUGUGCCUGUGUAACUUGAGUGUGAUUUAUUUUCUUUAAACAGAAAUAUAAGGUGUAACGGAAAACUGUCGAAAUGAUGAGUUAUUCUACAGCAGCGGUUUUCGUCUUUACCACCUUGGCGGUUCUUAUUGGGAGCACGGAGUCUUUUAGCAAAGAAUCGUUCUGUGCAGCUAGGUGCUCUUAUGGUAGGGGAGGAAAUCUCUGCCAGUGCAACGCGUUCCAUUUCGCAGGUAAAAGAGCGGAUAUUGCCGACCCCGAAGUUCGUGGACUACCCAGGGACCAGGCCGAAGCCGGUUGGGAAACCGGGAUGCAAAGUCAAGAACCGUUCCAUGAGUAUGCAAGCGAAAAGUCUACAGGAGGCCAGGAUAUUAGAAAACUGACGAAAAAUGCAAGGAACUUGCAGAAAAUAUUUGCGAAGAUUUUCCCGCAAAGGUUUGACGCAAUGGAUGAACCAAACGAAGUGCGCAGGCGCAGGAAUACGAAACUGAGACGCCAGUUGGGAUUAUCUUUCCAGUGAAGGUAGCCAAAAUGCGACCUUGACUCUGUAAGAGAGAACAAUCGAUACUAACACUUCAAAAAAUUUGCUUUUUCGUUAUUCAAGCUACCAACAGAACUUCUAUUUUACAAACACUAUGAUAUUUUGCAUCCUUCUGACAAAACGGAAGUCACUGCUUAAGUCAUAACUAGGCUAAGCCUUCAAGCCUUCAGAAAUAUUAUAAUAGUUUUACAUGUUUAGGUUUUUAAUGUUCAGUUAACAAAUAAAAUUUGUAACUAAGUAUGACUUCAAGAACUGUGUUUAUUUUUUGUUAUUAUUAUUCAAGUUACCAACAAAACAAAAUUUGGUUUUUCGUUUUGUUUUUUUGUUUUGUUUAUUUAUUAAAUUAUUUAAUCCAAGUUUGCUACUUCUGUUUGUACUAGUUCCUUCGCAGUAUUUGGUAUUCACGCUAGAGAAUCUCGAAAGUCAUUACCAUUUAAUUAAUUUGUUACUGAAAAUUUAGUUUUUCUAACUGAUCUGUUAAAAAAAUUACUGUAAAUAGUGUAGGAAACGUGCAUCACACACACAGACAGUGCAUAGCCGCAGCACAUCGCACAUCAUCACAACAACCCACAUCGUACACACUCGAGGCCACGCCACGCCACACACACACACACACACACGUGUACACAAACAAAAUUUCGCAUAUACGUACGUAAACAUAUACCUGUACAUACACGUACACUUACACAUACACAAACACAUACACGCGUACACAUACACAUACCCGUGCUCAUAUAACCACCCGCCAAAGGACACCGACUACACAAAUAUCAUAAUACGCACGCUCUAUCGAACACACUAGCAGAUACAUAUACGUUCAGACACUCAUGUUAAAAUAGGAAGUACAUGUAAGAAUUAGCUAGCUUUUUCUUGACAACAAAUACCUGCUAUGUUUGUAUAGAUUAUCAAACUGAAUUAGUACGUGUGAUGUAUAUGAUAGACAUUAGUUACAGUAUCAUGAUGGUUUGCUUUCCAGCUUGUAGGUUUGCAAGAAAUAAAUUAUUAAAUUAAAGGGAUGGUUCAAGGUAAACACAGUUGGUGCAUUUUUUAAAAACAGUAAAUACUAAAAUGAUACGUUUGUUUCCAGCUGAGUGAUUUGUAUGUAGAUAAUUAAAGUGAGGAGUUUCUUGAUUGAUUCUCUCUAUAAAUUGCAUAAACCAAAUGAUUAAUGUCAUGAGUUCUGUUAGCCGUUGAAAUCUUUAUAGUAUUGUGCGAAUUGCACAGAAAUUAAAUGUUAGGUUUUUUUUUAUUUCCAGCUAAAAUAUCUGUAUGUAAGUUGCACCAAUAAAUUAUUAAAGUGAUUGAUUUGUUUUAAUCAGAAUCUGGUUUUGGGGUUUUCUUUUCGUUUUUCGUGUGUAAAGUACAUCAAACAAAAUACUAAUUAGUAGAUAUGUUUUAAAAUAUUUUGUUGAUUCAGUUGCAACAAUAUUAUAGUAGUAAUUACUAAACAUAAUACUUUCUUUCAUUUGGAAUAUUUUAUGUAUAACUUACAUGAAUUAAACUAUUACAUUGUGCGGUUUCAGUUCAAAUUCUGUUUGUGUAAACUGUACUGGAUUAUUAAAAUGGUAGUUUGUUUCCAAAUUUUAAAUUCUGUUUGUGUAAACUGUACUGGAUUAUUAAAAUGGUGGUUUGUUUGAAAA